CUAGCUGUGAACAACAAUACUUGACAGCCAGUUAGCUGCCGUACUACAACUGACAAGUAACGUUAGACCGACUGCGCCUUUCGUUUGUUUCCUUACACUCGUUGAUUUAGUCAAAUGGCAAUACCAUUAUUUAACCGAUCAGCGCUCAUGAAAACAGUGUAUAUAUUUCGGAUUAUGACUGCGUGUAGGCGUUGACUUCACGGACAUGGCCAGUGAAGUCUUACAGCCUGAGGGGGACGACAUGGCCAGGACUUCCUGGAACAUGUGACGCAUCAUCGCCAUGUACCAGGAAACCUUCACCCUCAUUGAGAAGGUCAAUAUGAACUCGUGAAAUACUUACUCAUGUACAAUAUGUUAGGGAUUGAUGGUGGACAAGUAGGUAAAUGCAUUCUCUCUCUUUUCCACCAUCCCCUUUCUUGUAGUGUCCAAAGCCUGUGGUUGUGUGGCAGUGCAGGGAGCUUGUGUUGGAGGUGAGCUUUGGGGGUGUAUUACUGAUUUGCUUGUGACCGUGAAGUCUUGCAAAAGCUUUCAUAUAUUAUUCACUCUUUCCAAAUGCGAUUCUCUUCUCUCGUGAAGGUGUUCUGCAAUAAAACUGUAACGGCUUGUCCUGCUAUAACGUGUGUUCCGUUAGGAGUGGAUCUGAUCACAUCUGAUCUCUCAGGAUGCCUGGUUUCAGGUGAAGGUAAGUGGUCUUAAAUAUCCCCAAUGAUCAACUCCAUGAGGACCGGGGGACAUCUAAAGGCCUGUACAGACUGUACGUCGGAUGCAGCCUUUUACGAUUAUUACGUCGCACUGCGAUGUAACCAAAUGAAAGUCUUUGUAUCAAACUGGCCAGAUUGAACAAUUUGCUUCAGUUCUGUCUUCAUUCUGCGAUUGGCAUGCGAGGCUAUGUCAGCCGACAUCAACUGCAGCUGUGUAUUUAAGCUGCACAUGUGCAUGCAGCGCAAGCCUAACUAUGCUUAUGUGCAGAAAACUUAAAGUAGCUGUCUUAGAAAUAGUUUUCACAUACAAACUUUAUAUGACCGAACUCUGAAUCAAAUACGCUUCCCCAAAAUAACAAUGUCACUGUGGUAGAAUGUUUAUUUUGAUUGCCGAUUUUGAGCAUUUAUCAAAAUCCCAUCAGGUAACCUGAUUUCAAAUGUCAUGUAAACCAGAUUAUUAGGGAAAUUGCUCUUCUUGCACAGCAUGUAAAUGUUUACAUCAAACUAUUAUAUUAAUCUGGCUAUGCACUCGUAUUAUUGGGUGCACACUCAGUGUUCCUAUUGGUCAAUCACCACGAUCGGCUCGUAACAUCAGCCACACUACAUGAUAAAGGCAAAACAAAUCUGACACUGCCAGAACUUUGUCGGACCGCACCAGUGGAUGCUGCUGAGGGGAGGACGGCUCAUAAUGGCCGGAAUGAGGUGAACGGAAUAGUAUCAAACAUGUUUUCGUGUGUUUGAUUCCAUUCACUCCAUUUCAGCCAUUAUUUUGAGCAGUCCUCCCCUCAGCAGCCUCCGCUGGACCGCACGUAGUGGUACUUAAUCAGCAGACCUAGACCCUGCCACACCGAACGAGCCGAGACGUUCAACAAUCGUUUACGACCUAAGAAUUUGCCCAUGACGUGGACAGUUUGUCUGGGACUGCAAAAUCGCUGCAUAAAAUGGCUAAAAUCGCACCGUCUACAAUGGCCCACACUGGUAGCUGCUUUCAUGUGUUUUCUGUAGCAGCCCCCAGGGGGACUCUCAUAGUAAAGGAUAGGCAGAUUAAUGAGAAAUGUACAUGUGCAUUCUGCAUUGUAUCUCUGAGUGAUGUGAAAGGUCUGCCUCUCUUACAGGAAGUGGAUAUUGGCCUAGCAGCUGACGUUGGCACUCUGCAGCGCCUACCUAAAGUCAAUGGGAGCCGCAGCCUGGUGAAUGAGUUGGCUCUGACAGUGAAGAAGAUGUACGCUGAUGAGGCCAAGGAAAGUGGAUUAGUCAGCUGCGUAUUUCCGGACAAGCAGGCGAUGAUGGCUGGAGCUCUGGAGAUGGCAGGGGAGAUAGCAGGCCGCAGCCCUGUGGCUGUCCAGGGAACCAAGGUCAACCUGAUCUACUCCAGAGACCACAGUGUGGCAGAGGGCCUGAACUACAUGGCAACGUGGAACAUGAGCAUGCUGCAGACGGAGGAUGUCAUGAAGUCAACUGAGGCCUCCAUGGAGAAGAAGAGUCCAAAAAACAAUAACUUUCUCCAGGCUCUGAAGCUGAGCUGCAGAAAGAGGCCGGAGUUCAACUUUUCUUAGCCGAUGGAAAGUCAGGGGGCGAAGGGGAAUGGAUGGAGGGGUGGUGUAGAACGUUAAAUUAAAGGAAUUCCUUUAUCUACUUAACCAGAGUCAAAUGAACUAGUGUUACCAUUGUUAUGUCUCUGCGUCCAGUAUACUGGAAGUUAGAUGUAGUUUGGGGCGUUUGAUAAAGGGGCAUUGCCAAAAUGAUCAACUAUCAAUUUAUAAACAAAUUUAAAAAUGAUCUCUUUUGCCUCCUGACUGCAUAUGUUUGUGUGUUGGUGCCUUUUUGUCUGUAUGAAUCACCCAAAGCAGAGCUGUCUGUAAAGAUGUGUUAUUGUCCUCUCUUGCUGGCUCUGCAUGCAGGAUUCAGGUUGGAUACUCUACCAACCACCCUCACACUAUUGUAAAUGUACAUAAAUGAUUGCAUCAUAAAA